GCUCUCAAUAAAUCCACACUAUCCCAUUGUCUCUUCUCUCCUCCCAAUCACACUACACUACACAUCAUGGCUUUCGCCACUAGAAGCUCUCUCUUGGUCUGCUUCACAACACUUGUUCUUCUCUCCACUCAAAUCAAUGCAAGAGAGAGCUACUUCUUUGGCAAAUUCCACCGAGAAUCCCCCAAAGACCAAAACCCUAAGAAUGUCCUCCCUCUCGAGACCAGCGAGAAAACCACAGUAGAAGAAUCCUUCCCAAACAAGAAAGAGCAAGAACAAGACCCUACCUUCGUCCCCGAGUCCGAGAACGGCUAUGGCCUAUAUGGUCACGAGACCACCUACAACAACAAAGAAGAGUUCAACAACAAGGACAACAAGUACGAUGAAAAAUUCAACGGUGAGACUUUCUCAACUCCAAGCCUGAGCGAGACCGAAGAGUCUUACAACAACUACGAGGAGAACUACCCGAAGAAGACCGAGAGCUACGACAACAACCGUUACAACAACGAAGAAUUCAACAACAAGUAUGAUGAAAACGUCAAGGAAGAGUUCAACAACAACAACAAGUACGAUGAAAACUUCAAGGAAGAGUUCAACAACAACAAGUACGACGAAAACUUCAAGGAAGAGUCAUUCUCUGAGAACAAUGAAGACAAGAGAGGUAUCUACAACUCAAACGCUUACGGAACGGAGUUGGAACGUGAAACGCCUUACAAAGGUUACAGCCACAACUUGGAGAGACAAGGCAUGAGCGACACAAGGUUCAUGGAGAAAGGUAACUACUACUACGACCUUUACAACGACAGAAACCACGGCCAUUUCUACCGGAAGCCUCAUCAGAAAAGCCCUGCCGGUUACUAUUCUUCUCAGGCGACCGAGAAUAACUACGACCAGUCGUACAACAACUACAACAAUGAGGAGGAGAAGAGCUUCAAGGAUCAGUACAAUUCCAAGUGGGAGAAGAACAUGAUGAACAAACAGCCUGAAGAGUUUGUUGAGGAGCAAGGAGAUCAGUUCAAGCCUUGAUGAAGAUUUGAUGUUUGAUUUCCUCUCAAGAUCAUUACAAUCUUAAAAGUGUUUUCUUUUAUUUCAACUAAGUUAUUUUACUUCUGGUUGAUUAGUCAAACUAAGUCGUUGUUAUCAUUGCAAGUGAAAAAGGGAAAAGGGGAGGGGUCUGUGUUUUCUUUUAGUUGAAAUGGGUUUGCUUUUUAUGGGAUUUUGAACUUUGAUGUUUGCGUUUGCAUAUAAUAUUCGAAGAAAAGAUAGUAAAAUAUAUGGUGUUACUCUAUGUUA